AAACGAAAGGCUGGGAUCUGAGUUUCAAUUGAAGGGCACGUGAGAGGUACUCCACCGCUGACAGAUUCCAAUCGUUCGGCCGAUUGUCCGACUCGGGUUCGGCACUUCUGCUCUAUCAUGUCCUCUGCGCGUACAGUUGAUAAUCUACCACCAACUGCAAGGGCUAUUGCUCUGCUACUUUCCUCAACGCCUGGGGUGCAAGAUGCUCAACCUGGUGUGCUGCAUCAGCUGCUUGAAUUUUCCAACCGAUACACCCAACACGUUCUCACUGAUGCUCGUGUCUAUGCAGAGCAUGCAGGACGACAGGAUAAAGUCGAGUAUGAUGAUGUCGUCCUUGCAGUCCAGGCGCGUGUGGGCUGGGAGUUUGGUGGACGUGUACCAAAGGAGUACAUCAUGACACUGGCCUCGCAGACAAAUGCUAUGCCUCUUCCUGCAGUACCCGAAGUCUUUGGUGUUCGUCUACCCCAGGCAUCGGAUUGCCUUACCGCCAUUGACUUUGAUCUCGUUCCUAAUAAGCCUCCGCCCGGAGUGAAGCUGUAUGAUGAAGAGGUAGAGGAGAUUGAAGAGUCCGAGUCGGAGGAUGAGGAUGAAGACAUGGAGCCUGCCGCUAUACCUUCGUAUCCUGAACAAGGCGACGCCGCUUCGUCUGUGACCAUGUCGCAAGAGCCUUAUGUUGAGGAGGCACCGUUCCCGAUUAGCGCCAUUCAAACUGCAGCAGACAUGGGUACGCCUGCUGGGGACAAUGCAGAGGAAGGAAGUGAAAUAGAGGACCACGAAGAACUGUUCGCAGGCGACGAUGAGGAGGGCAGUGAUGCGAUGGAGGAAGUUCAAACUGCACUGGUAGACGAGCCUGCCACGAAUGGCGUCAAACGAAAAUUGGUAGAAGAAGAUGAUUAUGAUUAGUUAGACUUUAUAUAACUAUGUACAUUUGCUGUAAUUUAUUUUUUUGGUGGUUGUAGGCAAUAUUUCAGUAAUAG